GAGUUCCAGCUUUGAUAGACUGUAAGAAACCUCUUUUAACUCCCAUUCCCAUCGACGAAGCCUAAAGGGCCGUCUUCACCCGGCUGCCACUCCUGAACUCCAAAACUUGGUGGCGAAGAUGGUCGAAGUGGCGAGCUCUGUUGUUUACGACGUUUUGGGCCAAAGAGCUCAAGAUGUGGACAAGCCUAUCAUAGAUUACAUCAUUAACGUCCUUGCUGACGAAGAUUUCGACUGGGGCGCCGAAGGAGAAGGCGCCUUCGAGGCCCUUGGGGAGUUGCUUAUUGAUUCCGGAUGCGUUACCGAUUACUCCGAAUGUCGAUCUGUUUGUAGAAGACUCUCUGAAAAAUUUGGAAAUCAUGGGUUGGUUAAACAGAAACAGGCUGUACGAAGCCUUGCAACACCCUUACGGAUGUUUGAUGGAAUGGACGAAGAGGAAGCUCCAAAGAAAAAGCCUCAAGAAUUGGAUGGUCCUGUGUUAUCUGAACGAGACAGGUUAAAGCUUGAAAGACGAAAGAGGAAAGAAGAGCGCCAGAGAGAGGCACAGUACCAAAUGCAUUUAGCAGAGAUGGAAGCAGUUAAAGCAGGAAUGCCUGUGGUAUGUGUAAAUCAUGAUAGCGGGGCAGGUGGUCCUGCUGUCAAGGAUAUCCAUAUGGAGAACUUCAAUGUCUCUGUUGGUGGCCGUGAUCUCAUUAUAGAUGGCUCAGUCACCCUUUCUUUUGGAAGGCACUAUGGUCUUGUUGGCAGAAAUGGGACAGGGAAAACUACUUUUCUUAGACAUAUGGCCUUGCAUGCAAUUGAUGGUAUACCUAAGAACUGUCAAAUAUUACAUGUGGAACAAGAAGUUGUAGGUGAUGAUACAUCAGCCUUGCAAUGUGUUCUUAACUCUGAUGUUGAAAGAACCCAAUUACUGGAAGAAGAAGCCCGUCUACUUGCACUGCAGAGAGAGAUGGAGUUCGAAGGUGCAACAGGAAAGAGUAACAAGAACAUUAAUGGGGGAACCAACAAAGAUAACGUGUCACAGAGGCUUGAAGAGAUAUACAAAAGGCUUGAGUUCAUUGAUGCAUAUUCUGCAGAGUCGCGUGCUGCUUCAAUUCUGGCGGGUCUUAGUUUUACUCCAGAAAUGCAGAAGAAGGCAACAAAAACUUUUUCUGGAGGAUGGAGAAUGCGAAUAGCUCUUGCACGUGCAUUAUUUAUAGAGCCUGAUUUGUUGCUACUUGAUGAACCCACAAAUCAUCUGGAUCUUCAUGCUGUUCUAUGGUUGGAAUCAUAUCUUGUGAAAUGGCCAAAGACAUUUAUAGUUGUUUCUCAUGCUAGAGAAUUCUUGAACACGGUUGUUAUGGAUAUUAUCCAUUUACAUGGACAAAAGUUGACUACUUACAAAGGGGACUAUGAUACAUUUGAAAGGACAAAGGAGGAACAACUUAAGAAUCAACAGAAAGCCUUUGAGUCAAGUGAACGGACAAAAGCUCAUAUGCAGGCUUUUAUUGAUAAGUUCCGUUACAAUGCAAAACGGGCAUCUCUUGUUCAAUCGAGAAUUAAGGCAUUGGAGCGAAUGGGUCACGUGGAUGAAGUCGUCAAUGACCCUGAUUAUAAAUUCGAGUUCCCAACACCUGAUGACAGGCCAGGGCCUCCCAUAAUUAGUUUCAGUGAUGCGUCAUUUGGUUAUCCCGGGGGUCCAAUAUUGUUCAAGAAUUUGAAUUUUGGUAUAGAUCUUGACAGCCGCAUAGCAAUGGUUGGUCCAAAUGGCAUUGGCAAAUCAACCAUACUCAAAUUAAUAGCAGGAGAGCUUCAGCCAAGUUCUGGAACAGUUUACCGUUCAGCUAAGGUCCGUAUUGCUGUAUUUAGUCAGCACCAUGUCGAUGGGCUAGACUUAUCCUCAAAUCCCCUUUUAUAUAUGAUGCGCUGUUUCCCAGGAGUGCCAGAGCAGAAGCUCCGAGCUCACUUGGGUUCCUUCGGUGUAACAGGCAAUCUUGCUCUUCAACCAAUGUAUACUUUGUCAGGUGGUCAGAAAAGCAGAGUUGCAUUUGCAAAGAUAACUUUCAAAAAACCACAUAUCAUUCUGCUUGAUGAGCCAUCGAACCAUCUUGAUUUGGAUGCUGUAGAAGCACUCAUUCAAGGUCUGGUUCUCUUCCAAGGCGGUGUACUCAUGGUUAGCCACGAUGAGCAUUUAAUAUCCGAGAGUGUGGAAGAACUGUGGGUAGUAUCACAAGGCAAGGUCGCACCGUUCAAAGGGAAUUUCCAUGAUUACAAGAAGCUACUCAAGUCCUCGUCUUAGGCUAAAGGUAUUUGGAUUUUCUCUGUUAACAAUCACGGUGUCAUUGUUGCAAAGUUGUUGCUCAUGGGCUACGUGGAACAGCAAUGCAUAAUAUAGCUGGGCCCUGUUAUUGUACACGAGGAAAAUUUUCAUUGGGAUAUUUUGGAGUUUUAUAGGACUAAAACAAAAUAUAUAAUAUGUAAAUUUAAUAGUAAUAGGAUUGUAAAAUCAAGUUGCACUUGAUAUUGGAAACGAAGAGAUAAUUUAAUGUGAUUUUUCUUGGUAC